UAUAGGUGUGUCUAUCUAUUUAGGCGUGGAAAUGAUGAUCCCCAACUCAUCACAUCGACAAAUGGCAUGUUAGCUUUGAUGGAUCCAUGCCGAGGGCUUGUUCCGGCGGAUAGAAUUUACUUCGAGAUCGAUUUAAAGAUAGUUCAUGACGGUGGUGAGAUUGAAGAUUUCAGCAAAGGCGUAAUCGUCUUCAACAGGGUCCGGCUUCCUCAUGACAGACAAACCAUGGCCGUAGAUCUAAAGAGUUACCUCAGUAGAGUGGAAAUAGCAUGUGCAUAUGUUGUAUGCCCAGUUAAAGCUACAAUUCAAGUCAAUAUCUUGAAGGGACUGUGUAAUAUCUCGAGAGUCAAAGCAUGGACUACCGGAAAUUUUGAGUAUAAUAUGAUUCUUUACAACAAUGAAACUACUUCAAGAGCAGCCGAUGUUGAGUCAGGAGGAGCAAUUGUCGACGGUGGUUUUGUUCCCUUGAGUCGUCGUGUUGUAGCUGUCCCUUUUGGUCGAAAAUUGGUGGUUCAUCUUACUGGUCGUGGUGUUGGUGAUGCAUUUGCUAGAAACCUCAUCCUCCCUAUAGGACAAUCCGACGGAGUGAUCCAUCGUAAAAUGGGCUCCGCCCUUUUGGAAGUGAAAGUUAUUUGGACUGCGGUUCCGAGACGACAGAGACAAGGUCUGAUCAAGGAAGUGGGAGACGAGAGCCUCUUGAUGUGACGCCAGUAAAAUUAGUCUACAUUUCAUGUACUCGUAUCUUCACUUUUAGCAGAUGGAUAUAUAAAUUAAGGGUGCAUCGUAAUGUUUACUUCUAGUACUCUGUC